AGUGCAAGUAGCUCAUACUUGUGCAGUACUGUGGAUUCAUGUCAUUUGAAUUUAAACCCGUUAACGUGCCUCUUUUUUUAUUUUGAAAUCGAUCGGGCUUAAACGGAUGUGCGUUAUUGACAUUACUUGAUGUGAGGUUAUAAAAGCCCGCCUCUUCUCUCCGUUGCUCCCUUGCGGUCAAAGGAAGCCACUGCAGCGUCUACUGGACCGAAAACACCAACAAAGUGAAACCAGCUGCUGUUGUGCAACAUUCGACGCCAUCUCGUGGUAAAAUCAAGGCGAGACCCAUGACAAUAUAAUUGUCAUUAGACUUUCCUUUUCUUAGCAUUUUCUUUCACUAACCACCAUUUUCAAAGUUUUUACUUUGCACUACAACUACAACAAAUCCCACGCUGGUAUUACACAAAUGAGUGCAGUUUAUGUAUACAUCGUUCUAUUUUUGAAUUUUGGAUUAUAGGUGGAUUUGUGUUUAGCGGAAUUUUCAUUGUGCUCCGCAGUAAUACGCUAUAAUAAAUUUAAAAAAAUUGGCAUCUCCAUUAGACCCAAAGUCGACGCCUCUUGGGUCUCUAGAGCAGUGGACACAUUUAAAGUUACAGGGGAUUUUGGGGUUUUGCCAGGACUCCUGCUUCCAGAUUCCUGGAGGUAUGACUCACUUAAGUGAAUCAGACUGCUUUGUGCCCACUCGGGACUAUGGUCUAUUCUAGUAGACUGCCACGCAAAUAUGCGUGCGUGAGUGUGUGUGUGUGUGUGUGUGUGUGUGUGUGUUUCAAGGGGUUUAGGGUUACACCGCCGACCCACACGACAGGAUAACUUUGGAUGAAGUGUAAAGACUCGCUGAAGAAUACUAAAGUAAACCUUGGGAGAAAACCCAUUGCGUGAGUGCUGAGUGCUCUAAUAAGGAAAUGGACUACGGGGGAGGCCCGCAGGGUGUGCCUCCGUGAAUGUGCGCGCGGCAGAGAAGAAGGAGGUCUUCAGGGCGAACCAGCACAGUGUCCCCACCCUUCUGCCCAACCCACAUCCCCCGCAAACAGCCGUCCCCCGACUCCACACACACACACACACACACACGCCGAUCCGAAUAAUACCGCAGCGACACGCCAGGACUCUUCUGCGGGAAUCUACCCGAGGACUCACGACCCUGCUGCUUCAAACCAGAAGAACCAGCCGCACGGACACUUCCACUGUCUGUCUGCGUGUGCGCGCGUUUUUGCGUCUCCACAUCGGUCGAAGUGCGGUCGUCUUUUGCGUCUCGGCUCCACGAUGUAUCAAGCCGCGAGGAAGCUGUUUUUCACGGACUGCCGGUGCGCCGACGAUGCGUCGAAGGCGUACGACGAUCUGUUCCGGAAGCUGGACACCAACGCCGACGGGAAAGUGGACGUGUCGGAGCUGAAGGCGGGCCUGGCCGCGCUGGGCAUCAAGACUGGGAACGGAGCAGCUCAGAAAAUCAUUUCCUCCGGAGACAAAGACAACGACGAAGGGCUCGACUUCGACGAGUUCUCAAAGUAUCUAAAGGAACAUGAAAAGAAGUUACUGCUUACCUUCAAGAGCUUGGAUAAAAACAACGAUGGUUGUGUAGACUUUCUGGAGAUAAAGCAGUCACUUGCCGAUUUGGGACUGAAGAUCAGCCAGGAGGAGGCGCAGAAGAUCCUUCAAAGUAUCGAUGUGGAUGGCACCAUGACUUUAGACUGGAAUGAAUGGAGGGAGCAUUUCCUCUUCAACCCGGCCACCAACCUGCAGGAGAUUAUCCGCUAUUGGAAGCACUCCACGGUGCUGGACAUUGGGGACAGCCUGUCCAUCCCAGAUGAGUUCACGGAGGAGGAGAAGACAACCGGCAUGUGGUGGAAGCAGCUGUCAGCGGGGGCCAUGGCUGGCGCCGUGUCCCGCACAGGAACAGCCCCUCUGGACAGGAUGAAGGUUUUCAUGCAGGUGCAUUCCUCCAAGACCAAUAAAAUCAGUCUGGUCAGUGGUUUUAAGCAGAUGUUAAAAGAAGGAGGACUGAUGUCUCUAUGGAGAGGAAAUGGUAUCAACGUACUGAAGAUUGCCCCGGAGACAGCCAUCAAAUUCAUGGCCUAUGAGCAGUUCAAGAAGCUGCUGUCCAGUGAACCCGGGAAGGUGCAGACCCACGAGAGGUUCAUGGCUGGAUCGCUGGCUGGAGCCACGGCACAAACGGCCAUCUACCCCAUGGAGGUGAUGAAAACCCGUCUGACGCUGAGGAAGACCGGACAGUACUCAGGAAUGUUUGACUGUGCCAAGCAAAUCUUGAAGAAGGAGGGAGUGAAGGCCUUUUACAAAGGCUAUGUUCCCAAUCUUCUAGGCAUCAUCCCCUAUGCUGGCAUAGAUCUGGCGGUUUACGAGAGCUUGAAGAACCUCUGGCUGUCGCGCUACUCUAAAGACUCAGCCAACCCGGGCAUCUUGGUGCUGCUCGGCUGUGGGACUCUCUCCAGCACGUGUGGCCAGCUGAUGAGCUACCCGCUGGCUCUGAUCCGCACCAGGAUGCAGGCACAAGCUUCUCUUGAGGGCUCGGAGCAGCUGCCCAUGAAUCUGAUGGUGAAGAAGAUUCUGAAAAAGGAAGGCUUCUUUGGACUUUACCGCGGCAUCCUGCCCAAUUUCAUGAAGGUCAUACCGGCUGUCAGCAUCAGCUACGUGGUGUAUGAGAACAUGAAGGAUAGCUUGGGUAUUCAAAAGUAAGCAACAGAGGCCUCUGUUACUGUCUUUGAGCAGAUUUGUUCAUUUCAAAAUAAGAGCUUCUUUAUUUGUGGGUCAUGACCUCAACGUACUGCAGAUGGAGUCACUGCAGAAAUUUGAGUUAACUGUUGAGCCAUUACUUUAAAAAAGAGACAGAAAAUUCUUCAGAGGGCUUAUAAGGAUUUAUGAGAUUUGGGUGUUGCACGCACUAUUUGAAGUCCACUGCAAUCUUGUGGCCCAGUAUGGAUCAACAGUAUCAGUUUUAUCAACCAAAGAGCAGAAUGUCAAGUACCUGAAAACCAAAGAAAACUCUUACAGGUUUUAUUUGUAUUGUGAAACAUUUUUUGCCAAGUUUACUGCUAUUGAUUUGGGUUAAAAUGGUGGACGUUUUUGUAUCAGUCAUUUAAAAGCAAUUUCUUUUAAGCUACAUUAAAACUUGUUUUGCUAUCUUUACAAUGUAAAUGUAAAAUCUUCCAUUUAUUUACAAGCCCUUUCAGUUUUUUUUCAUAGCAAACCUUUCAAGUGCAAUAAUGUACGGACACUUUGGUGGUUGAAAUUCUGGUAUGUUUGAAUCCACUACCUAUGAGGAGAUACCUGUACCCAUAGGUAAUGGAUUCGUUCCAAGUCUGGUGAAUGGGAGUAAUGUGCCUUGUGUGAUUUUUCAUCGACAUCCAUGGACUUCACACUCUGUUUGCCUUUCUAUCCAAUGUUUGGUUCCCUGGAUGGUGUUUACGGUAAUAAAACCAUUUUAAUACACUAUGUCUUAGUGCAUUUGUUUUCAGCCUACUGUGAUUGAAAUAGGUUUGAAUUUGACUAAAUACUUUUGAUGUCUGUCAUUAAUGUUUGGCACAAUCUACUGAGGAAAGUAAUGUGUCAGUUGAGACCUCCAGAACCUGUUGGGUCAGAAAACUAGUACAAACCCAAAUGUAUUACAAACAGACUACAGGCCUUCACUCGAAGCCUUGAGUGGUGUGCAAUGCCACAUUGUGCAUUUGACCCCUGAGGCCUUAAGCAGAGAUUACUCUACUUAAGAGGUUUUGUAAUACCCUUUUUCUCAGUAAUGUCAGUACUCCAGACUUCAGCUGUCUGAUCCUGGCCAUGUCAAAGGACAGAGUGGCUCUGCCAAUUUGUAAAAUCAAUCUGAACAUUCAGGUGUCUCUUAGUGAUUUGACUCACUAACAAAAAAGUGAUUUAGAAUCAUUUUAAAGACCACAGACAUACAAACCUCUACACAGAGGUCUUCAAAGUAAACCCCUGAUGAGGAAACAUGCUUUAUAGCCUUCUGAUAAUGGGAUU